CAACACUACUAUAUAACAAAUAAUUUGAGGAUGAGUGUGGGGACAUGUCCAUCUAAAAUGAGGAAAUCUUGAUCCAGAUAAUACUAUAUUAUGGCUGGGAUACUGAAAAACCAGCUUGUCAAGCGACUUGCUAGCUUCACCAAGGGACUGUCAGUAGACAAAAUAGAUAUAGACAUCCUCAGUGGUCGAGGGUACCUUGACAACUUGGAACUAGAUGAACAGUUCAUGUCUGACGUGUUGGAGCUCCCGCCUUGGAUGUACUUUACAAAGAUACUCUGUAGCAAAAUCAGACUCAAGGUUUCGUUUACUAAGCUGAAAAGUGAGCCGAUAAGAAUUUUUAUCGAUACAGUGUUUGUUGAAGCUGAAAUUGAUAAGCAGUGCAACAGACCAGACAUCGACGUGCAGCAAAAACUUGCAGAAGCUGGACUGGCUGGUAAUGGACCUACAUCCUAUGGUUACGUUGAACAGGUGAUAGAUGGUAUGCAUAUAACCGUGUCCACACUACGUUUGACAGUUCAGCUCAAACACCAGUACCUCACAACUGAACUUACCGGGGUGGAACUUGUCAGUACAAACAGGAAGUGGAAGCCGGAUGAUUUGAGGCGAACCCGAGCAUUUGUAAUGCCAGGAAGGGAGGAGGUGCUAGUUUAUAAGAUGUUAACUGUCAAUCAUGCAAAGUUUGAAUUUUUCGACAAAACACGGAAUACCUUGAACGACAUGUCGGCAGCCCCGCCCCUUAAGUUCAACUUCAACAUGAUACAGCUCCUCAUUACCAUGAAGAAGAAUGUAGCUACCAACCAAGUGGUUUCAGCAUGCUUGAAGCUGAUAUUGGAUGACAUUCUCGUAGUUUUCACUCCGUUACAGUUACAAGUUCUACUCACCUUCUCAAAGGAGCUAUCAGAGGUCAUUGAGUUGUCGGCGCCUCCCCCCGUACCACCCCCAGCUCAGAAGAACAAAUCUUCUCCUCGAGUACAAACUCCUCCCAGGGCGAACACUCCUAAAUCUUUCAUGCAAAGGUUCUCCCGACAGCAAGAAGAAGAGGAAACAGAAGAUAACGUGGUUGAAGUGGUCAGUGAUAACGUUCUAGAAACUUCCUAUCAUCUCAAAACCGGAACUAUUGAUAUCCUACUAUGUGACGAUGAGAGCAGCAACAACGCUGGAUCACUGCAGUUCAGAUUCGAAGUUGUUCAGAUAGAGCUAUUUCCUCAUCGGACUGGUAACGCAUCACGUCGUCACUGGGCUGUACCGUCUCAGUAUGUUAAAGACGCUCAGGUAUUCGCUGCAGAGAUGCUGGGUGAUUUCUGUGAAACUUGUCCUGUUUCAGCGAGUCCACUGCACAACCUAUACGAGAUGGUGGUGGUGCUGAGGUGUGAGCAUUUCCAGCUCUUACCCGUUAUGGGCGUCAAGAAGAGGCAGGUUCUGGGACCUCUUUUGUUUUCUGAUAAGAAAAAAUUCGGUAUAGCAGAAUCAGAACCGGCACUGGUUGUUACCAUAGCAACUUACUACGGCGAUAAAGCCGACAGUCUAGUACCGCCUCAGAGCGUAUACGUGCACUUGAACCCCACUGAGAUAAACUUUGAUACAGCGACCAUGUGGUGGCUGCGGGAGUUCACCUCUUGUACCAUGACAGAGGAUUUUAAACUUAUGUUGACGGAGUUGAGCAAGGGAGAGAGUACAGCAAACUACAGACUAAAAGUUACGUUAGUACUACCGCACAUAACCAUACCACUUACUGCGAGCGAACCUGUUGAAGAUGAACAGAUAAAGGGCGUGCAACUGUGGUUCUCCAAAUUGACUGUUUCUAACCUUAAUAACGCAAUGUACCUACCUCUGCUCACACUCCUACAAGAAUGUUUGGAAUCCUCCAUAGUAUCAGACCCCUCCCAGUUCCCCAACAAACCUCAGGACCCCUCUCCUUUACCCCACAUUCACAACCAGGACCUUAUUCCUGGGAUUUUGGAGGAACUGACCCGUCAUGAGAAGCUAAAGCAAGAAAUGCAAGAAGAAAAGAGCAGACAGCGGCGUAACCUUGUAUACGCCGGUAUCCCUGUAAACUCCUCCCCUUCCCCCAGCGCUAACAACUCUCCUGGUCACAAUAUAUCUCCUGAGCUGCCCAGCACUCCUCAGAGCAGAAGGAGCAGUAUCAGCAGUGUGAAUAUAUCAGACACCCACCUAGCCGGCUCCCCUCUCUCCUCCCUUCCCGACCUGUUUCCACUCCUCAACAACCUGGUACUCGGCUUCACUUUCGACAGCUUCAGUGCUGACUUUCUCUAUAACACGGAUAAUAACUCCGGGGAGAAACACAGGUCUCGGAGAUUCAUAUCAGACAUACCUCUCCACAUGUGGAUGAUCGAGGAGAUCGCUGCUAAUGACGUCACGACUACGCCCAGUGACGUCACGACCACGCCCAAUGACUUCAUUGUGGAGAACGGACACAGGAAGUUAACUAGAAAUACACUACGGAGGCAGGACACUAUCACUUCUCUGGCUACUGAUUAUCUGCUCCUCAUGAAGUGCUCUAAAUCUAUUCACUGCACGCUGGAUAGAGAACAGUACCUGUUCCUUCUCCGACUCAACCAGGAGAUGACAAGUUUUGUAGAGCAGAUAAUCCUCUCCGUUACUCAAAUAUUUACUUCUAGCGUUCAGGACAGCUCGUGUUUCAAGAUGUUAGCCCUUCUGAACCACCUGAUGUUAGACAUCGCUCUCCCGGAGCCUCCUCGCCCCUACAUCCCCUCCCUGUCAACUUCUCCUCCCGACACUGCUAGUACUAGUCUUAGUCACCUGACUAGUGAUAGUCCUUCUAUUGGAUGUCGAGAAUCUUUUCUAGCGGAAGAAGACAUAGUCUUACUGGAGAGAACUGAUACACCCGAGAAUGAUCAAAAAAACAAAUUAAACUGGAUUGUUCUCAGCAGAUCCGACUCGACUAUAGCAUCUCUUUCUGAGAGAUUGUCUCUGCAGUCAGAGGAAGACGCUCUCAGCAUCUCAUCCAUCACCAACGAACUAAAUCCCCUAGCUAAAGGAGACACCAAAGAGACACUCCUCAAGUUCAUCACUCGAGUAAGCAAGAAGAAAGAGACUUUGUCAGUGGGGGUCCAAACCACCACGGAAGACAGCUUGGUCGCGCACAACUACCAGCAACUGCACGCAGUGAGCGCUAAACUUAUCAGUGAGGGUCUAUUUAGUGAGGGUGUUUUGUCACGUGAUCAGAUUCAGGUUCACUGUGGUGAUGCUGUGUUGGCGGUACAUUCUGCACUUGAUGUCAUAACCAAGGUCACGUGUCGUAGAGUCCUAGUUUUGGACGAGGAUUUGGAGAUAAAGCCCCGGGAGUUUCCUUUGUCUAAGUGGAGGUGUCGUGGCUCAGAAUCGAGUGACGCUCAUCAGAUUUAUGCUAGGAUAGAAUUGAACCCAGUCGAACCUCCAAUUCUCAGAUCUUCAACCAUGGUAGACAAAACACAAAUUGUUGAUGACUUUAGUGACGUCACGAGCGACGAUAUCACAACUUCCUUAGAAUCUCUCCAGAUGAACUGCGAGGUAGAGGCCAGUAGUCUUAUCGCCUCGCUUAGAGACCGGUCUCUGGAGGGAUUAGCAGUGUUUUUCGAGCCUGAUCCCACUCUUGCGAGUAUCCCUCUCACUUUGAAAUGCACUGUGCGGGAUUGUCAGGUGGAGCUUCAAGUUGGUGCCGCGCAACAGACAGUGCACGUGCAAGGAGUUAGAAUUAAACUCAAUCAAGAUGAAAGUUGGGAAAUCGGGCAUGACCUGAUUGAUAGCUGCGAAUUAGAGAGAUUGCGAACGGAAAACGAAGAAUUGCGUGAGAAAUUGAGACUGCUAUCGAUUCAGUUUAAUUGUACCCCAGAAGGAUGAGUUGAUAAUUUAAUGACGAUGUAUCAGAUUGCAGCUGGAGCUUUUAUAAGAAUUGCAGGUUCAGUGUUUUAAAUAAUUGUUGCUAUCUGCCAGGACAUUUGCUCAUUCGAGCAAUGUCGGAAGAUGUAUAAUUAUGUCACCUUAUCGUAAUUUUAAGAAGGGUUUGAUAUCCUAUAUAAGCAGUUGACAGUUUCAAUUUAUUUACUCUUCGCCAUUUUUAUUUCAGCCUCCUAUAACAUAAUAAUCUAAUCACUCAUCACUGGUCUUUGAAAAAUAGAACGUAACUUUAAGACACAUUUAAAAUAAUUUUCCAUCCCAUUUGCCACUAAAGACCGCUACGGCUAUUAUUAUCUGGGGCUCACGUGUCCUUACAGUUUCACUAUACUUGUUCAUGGUUUAGCUACAAGCUAAAGCAGUACGUAAUACUUUAAGGAGUGAAUUUAUUUUUUACCCGGUGCUUUUAAAUUUGAUAUUAUCAAUAUUAUACGCUGAUUUCAUCUUAAUAUAAGGUUUAUUUUGUUUUCCAAUCUGUUUAAGUUAUUCAGUAAAAUAUUUUUGAUAAAUUUAAUUUUGUUUGAAUGUAGGGUAUUUUAUAUCAUAAUCAUAUAAUUAUAUACGUUAUUAUUGCAUUAUGAAAAAUAUACUUUAUCGUGAGUCUUUUUGAUAAGAUUACUGUAAAACUGAGACAUCUAUACAAAGCUUUUGUAAUGUUUUGCAAACAGUUUUUUAAUUCUUUUAAGAUAUUGAAUAUCUGUUGACAUAUUUGACAGAUGAUACGCGUCU